AUGCUAUCAUUAACAGAAAAUAUGAGAACACUACCUGAAGAGAAAGAAUUUUCAAAAUAUCUUCUAAAUGUUGGCAAUGGUGUUUUAAAUGACAAAAACGAUAAUAUAAUAGCACCGGAACAAUGCAUAGCUGAAAAUAAUGAAGAUAUAGUAGAAUCAAUAUUCAAAGAAAUUAUUAAAAAUCAAAAAUACGAUGAACUUACAAAAGUAGCUGUAUUAGCAGCACGAAAUGUUGACGUUGAUGAAAUCAAUUAUGCAAUCUUACCAGAAUAUCUUCAUUCAUUAAAUCCAUCAAAUUUUCCUCAGCAUGAACUUAAAUUAAGAAUUAAUUGUGUAGUUAUGCUGCUACGUAAUUUGAGUAUUGCUGAAGGUCUAUGCAAUAGAACACGAUUACAAAUACUAGAAUUAGCUCAUAAUCUCUUAAAAUAUAUUUCGAAUAAUAAUUUGAAUGAAUAUGAUAAAAUAAUAAAACCAAAUGGUAAGCUCAAACGUAGUAUGAAUGAUCAAUCACAAACCAGAAAUAUGUCAUCAAAAAAACUUAAAAUGAGUACCAGUAAAAGUAGUGAAUCUAUUAAUGAUGAUGAAAGCGAUGAUAGUUCUCUUGAAGAAAAUUUCCAUGAAAAUAACAAGUGUUCCCAAUGA